GACCAUCCCCUUUGUCGGGACGCGAGCGGCUGCUGAAUUACGCGCACGCCCUCGUCCUUAGGUGCGCGUAACCCUUGGUCUUCUGUAUUGGUAAUGGCAAUGAUGAAGAUGGCGUCGGAUUGGAUCUUAGUGGUUUGCCGGUACUGAGUUCGUAGAACCCUUAAUUGGGUUUAUUUGGACUUUUUGGGGUAACUGUUGAGUGUGGUAACAGGAAAGGGCCCAGUGUACUUUAGUCAGUGGAGUGUUGUGUAGACAUUAGGUAACAAGACGCAGGUGAGCUCGGGGAGGAGUUACCUUUGGAUGCAGUUUGAUCACAAGCAAACGAAGUAAGAAGUUGCAAUGUUUUAAGAAAGCUGGGAAGAGGCAUGACAUGGCCAGCUCUUCAGACAGUGAAGAUGAUGGUUUUGCCAUGGAUACUGAAGAAAUGCCAGAAGGGACAAUGGAACAGGAAGAUGAGUUGCACCCAGAGCUAGAGAUGGAAAGUACUAGGCAUAGUAGGUCCAUGUCUGAGCUGCCAGAGGAGGUUUUGGAAUAUAUCCUUUCCUUUCUUUCACCCUAUCAAGAGCACAAAACAGCAGCAUGUGUCUGUAAACAGUGGUAUCGCCUUAUCAAAGGUGUUGCACACCAGUGUUAUCAUGGAUUUAUCAAAGCUGUUCAAGAAGGGAAUAUCCAGUGGGAGAGUAGGACAUACCCUUAUCCAGGAACUCCAAUCACACAACGCUUCUCCCAUAGUGCUUGCUACUAUGAUGCCAAUCAGUCUAUGUAUGUAUUUGGUGGAUGCACCCAGAGCAGUUGUAAUGCAGCAUUCAAUGAUCUGUGGAGGCUUGAUCUCAACAGCAAAGAAUGGAUCCGACCUUUAGCAUCAGGGUCUUACCCUUCUCCAAAAGCUGGAGCAACUCUUGUUGUACACACGGACCUACUUGUGCUGUUUGGUGGUUGGACAAGACCUAGUCCUUACCCUUUGCAUCAACCUGAAAGAUUCUUUGAUGAAAUACACACUUAUUCGCCUUCAAAAAACUGGUGGAACUGUAUAGUGACCACUCACGGGCCACCGCCAAUGGCUGGGCAUUCCUCGUCUGUAAUAGGAGAUAAGAUGAUAGUUUUUGGAGGUUCUUUAGGAUCAAGGCAAAUGAGCAAUGAUGUCUGGGUCUUGGAUCUGGAGCAGUGGGUUUGGUCUAAGCCAAAUGUUGCUUGUCCAUUACCUCACCCAAGGGGAGGGCAAUCUCAGCUCUUUAAAGAUGCUUGGCUACUGCACAUGAAUUCAAACCCUUGGAGUUGGCAACAGCUAAAGGUGGAAAAUGAGGAACAUGGUGCUCCAGAACUGUGGUGUCACCCAGCAUGUCGGGUGGGAGAUUGUGUAGUAGUGUUCAGUCAAGCUCCCAGUGGCAGAGCACCGUUAAGCCCUAGCCUUAACUCUCGGCCUUCUCCUAUCAGUGCUACUCCUCCUGCAUUAGUUCCUGAAACCAGAGAGUAUCGUUCUCAGUCUCCAGUGAGGAAUACGGAUGAAGUUCCUUGUGUGAAUGGACGUUGGGGGACACUCAGACCUAGAACGCAAAGACACACCUCUGGCUCUCGAGAAGGAAGCCUUUCUCCUGCCAGAGGAGAUAUUUCUCCUGUACUAAAUGGUGGGAGCAUAUCUCCAGGAGCAGUUGCAGCUGGAGGCGCUUCAUUGGAGAGUCCAGUGCAUUUGGUAUCUCCUAGCACACCUUCAGAACCAGGAUAUGAUUUGAAGGCAGGACUUCAACGUAAUCAGAGACGGGGAUCAUUGCCAGAGGAGAGAGACUUGCGAUUAGGCUCAGUGGAAUUAAACUGCGAUGCAAAACCAACUCGUUGCAGUAAUUUAGUAGACACCUUGGACAGUAGAACUGUAAGUUCUGGUGCACAGAAUCCUCCAGAGCAAACCAAUGGAAUCCAUACACCACCACACGUUGCUACUACUCCACCAGGAGCAGUCUCCCCUGGAGCUUUAAGAAGAGGUCUAGAGGCAGUAAAAGCCCUAUCUGCACAAGGUGCAUCUGCAGUUUUAGUGAGCCAUAGUGCUUCUGCCUCACUAAGUCCCCCUGGUAGCCAAAGUGGAAGUGGUGCUGAAGUGUUGACACAGCGGCAGGCCCCUCCCCAGGGAGAUGGGCAUUCCUUACCACCUAUUGCUCGUCGAUUAGGUCAUCAUCCUCCUCAGUCACUGAACGUUGGCAAGCCUUUAUAUCAGAGCAUGAACUGUAAGCCUAUGCAGAUGUAUGUGUUAGACAUUAAAGAUGCCAAGGAGAAAGGAAGAGUCAAAUGGAAAGUAUUUAAUAACAGUUCUGUAGUGGGCCCACCCGAGACUAGCCUUCAUACUGUGGUUCAGGGUCGUGGAGAACUCAUAGUAUUUGGUGGGCUUAUGGACAAAAAACAAAAUGUGAAGUACUAUCCAAAAACAAAUGCCUUGUAUUUUGUUCGUGCAAAAAGAUAAUGCAGUUGAUUAUGCUUUCAUUGGCUCUACCAUUUUCUUUUUAAUUUUACACUACCUGAUGCAAGCUGUGAAUUGUGGGAGCUCACACUCCAUAUAGACCACAAAUUCUGGGAAAGCUGCUUGAUUGAGUGAAAAAAGACUGUUUACAAAAGGGAGUAAUCUGUUUUUCUGGACAAAUUGGGAUUUUGUAGUUUAUGCUUGUGUUGCCAUUUUCCGCCAUUUAGUAGAGCAAGAAUUAAAGGAAAAAAAUCAAAGCAGAGCAAUUUAUAGCUCUCUCCUCUGCAUGUUAAAUGCAGUGAAGGCAUUUUGUACUUAAAAGGACAAUAUUUGGUAUCAGAUGGCUGGCUGAGCUGGAGGUUUCAAAUCAGCAUGCACUUAGUUGUGCAUAUGCUUCUCUUACCUGCUGUUUAAAAAGUUAUAUUUAUAUGAAAAAAUAUGACGUGCUGUUUUUUUUCUUCAGCAUUAGUGAUGCAGCUACAGCUGUGUUGCAUCUUUAAAACAAAAGUUAAGAUUUCUCCCCUUUUGUUAAACAGUUGUCAUUGUCAGGUAUUUGCAAUAUUGAUUUCUUUCCAUUUUUUUUUAAAUGGAGAGAAAGGUAGUGCCAUGUUAAAAUGCCAGAAUAAUUAGUAAUAUAAAGAUUGUUCUUGGAAUGUACAUGUACUAGUUGGUUCUAGCUAGACAUAUCUUUGUUCUUUGCUGGAACGUAGUAUAGUACAGGGCAUCAGUUUUCAUGCAUUAUAUUGACCAUCCUUUUGUCUGGUUUGCUUUGCUCUGCUUUUAUUUUAACCCACUCUUGCAUUUUAAGUGGUAAACUAAGGGUGGUCAUUUUACUUUCUCCUGGACAUGCCAUCGCUGCUAAUGACUGUGGGAUUCAUCUUUGUUCCUAAUUGCACUGUAGCUACUGUUUUAGUUGUCUUUACAUGCUGAAAACCAUGCUUCAUAUUGCAGUUUACAUGACUGUGUAUUUUAAAUUAAUAUGCUUUGUACAAUACUUUAAUGACACGACUUGCAGAUACACAACCUAACCUUUGUUUAUUUCCUUGUCUUAUCAGAGCUAAAUGAAACAACUUGAAUUAAGUCAGUGCAUAGAGCUGUACUGUCAAGUUUAAAUUUUGAGUGUUAAAAACUUUUAUAAUGCU